ACGACAGGAAGUGGGCGUGGCUAGGCGGCAUGUCGUCAGUGUAGUGCGCACUCGGUUGUUUGUCGGUAUAAGGAGGUUAGGAGACAUUGUCUAAAUCUUGUUAUAAAACAUGAACGCACCCCCAGCCUUUGAGUCCUUCCUGUUAUUUGAAGGAGAGAAAAAAAUCACCAUAACCAAGGAUACGAAAGUACCCAAUGCCUGCUUAUUCACACUUAACAAGGAAGACCACACGCUUGGAAACAUCAUCCGAUCCCAGUUGCUGAAGGAUCCUCAGGUCCUGUUUGCCGGGUAUAAGGUGCCCCAUCCUCUGGAACACAAGAUUGUGAUCCGGGUGCAGACCACACCGGACUACAGCCCUCAGGAGGCCUUCACCAACGCCAUCACAGAUCUGAUCAGCGAGCUGUCCCUGCUGGAGGAGAGGUUCAGGGUUUCUAUCAAAGACAAACAAGAAGGAAUCGAGUGAAGGCUGCUCUCCUGCUCUCCCCGGGCUGUGUGCGUGCAUCUCACUGCUGUAUUGCUUUGUGGGACAUGAGGAACAUGUACUUGUGUCUUCAUUUCAUUUGUGUUCUGUCAUUAUAAAUAUGUUUCACCGUUCUGUUUUCUAAGUGAUUUAAUAAAAAAAAUAAAAAGUG